UCAACAUAAGCACCAUUAUAAGUUACAUGCUCUGAAAUAUGUGGUCAGACAUUCCAAGAAAGGUAAAAAUUUGUCUCCCUUGACGAUGCUAAUCGAGCAAUUUUGAUUUCGUGUCAUCUGCUAUUCUCAUCAUGUGCAAGGAAGGUUGAUACCUAGUAGUAAGAUGUACAACGAAAGGUUGUUUUGUUGCGUUUGACAUAUGUACCUAAACUCAUAUGCAUCUGGGUUGACUCAUUAUGCAAGGCUUGAGGCCAGUAGUUGGGUUGUCUUUCUGUAACCGUUGAUUUAUUUCUGGAGCAACGGAACUGUUCAAAACCCCUGCAUUGACUGUAAAGACAUCGACAAUACUUGAACGGUUUGCUUCAUACCUUUUGGGAUUUUGAUCCACAUUUAAUACCAACUCUGAUAGAGUAUGGAUAUUUCAACAAUUUCCGAUGAGUUUCCAGUCGGACAACUCAAGGCAGAGUGUCUGGGUCCUGAGAUACCCGGCCUAAAUCAAAGCCUAUGGGACAUGUUUGCUGCGGCUGCAGAUAAACAUUUGAAUGAAGAAGCUCUUUGUUCGCUUUGGCAGCCUCCAGACCACCUUAGCUCAAGACUCGAAAUCGGACAAACAGACCCGGAGCAUAUAACACCAAUUACCAAUGAAAAUGGGGUCGGGAUGGUCACGCCUAAGCCAUGCUCAGCAUCACUGAGAUGGACCUUUGGCCAGCUUCGGGAGAAGGCCGAGUCAUUGGCAACUUGUUUGCAACAACGUGGCUGUAUUAAGGGUGACAAUCUUGUAGUUUUUGUCUGGAAUUCCGCAGAAUGGGUCUUAUUUUUGUGGGCUGCCGCGAGGCUCAAAAUGCCAUUUGUACCGUUGGAUCCAAGAAGUUCCGAUAAAGAUGUUAUGAAUUAUCUGAGCCUAGCUCCUCCUCAAGUCUUAGUUGUUUUAGAUCCAGACAUGUUCCCGAUACUUGAAAGUUUCGGAAACGUCAAAGUUCGGAUAUCACUUUCGAAAGUUUCCGAAGGGAGAAUGAAUUGGCAUUCACUGCCUGGACUAAUGGGCAACUUGCCGAUUGAAAACAUUUCAUUUACCCCUUUGAAUGAUGAUGGUAAGGAACCGAGUCAGGAGCUUGCAAUGAUUCUCUUUACGAGUGGGACAACUUCAAUCCCAAAAGGAUGUCCUCACACUGCAUCAAACAUCUGGUCCGCAACAUUCGACUAUGAUCCUGUUGCCCGGAAAAACGGCUGUCAGAACAAAUGGCUCAUUCACACGCCCGUGUGGCAUAUCUUUGCAAUAGGCCAAGCUAUACGAGGUUGGAGGGAUGGAAGCUCUGCAGUAUUUGCUACCGAAAAGUUCGACGUGACUGCCUCCUUACGAGCGCUUCAACAAGAGAAUAUUACACAUGUUGGAGCGGUUCCUCUUUUAGCGAAAGCACUUGUCACACAUCCAGAGUUUCCUGGCAAGGAUUCCCUGUCUCUAUCGUACGUAACCAUGGGAGGCACAUUAAUAAAAGAUGAAGAUGUUAGGUUCUGCAAAGAGCAUCUUGGUAGCGAGGCAGUUAUUCAAGGCUUCGGUAUGACAGAGGGCUCCCCUAUGGUAAGCUGGAGGCGCGAUGAUCCAAUGCUUAAGAACGGCUAUCAUCUCGGAGUGGGAAAAGUUUUACCAGGUGCUAGACUGAAAAUAUGUUCCCCGAAAUCUAAUGUGCCUCUGAAUAAAGACGAAGCUGGAGAACUCCACAUUGGCGGUACUUCGGUCAUCGAUGGAUAUUUGAAUGGUAUAGAUUCAGAGUCAUUUUACACGGAUGACGUUGGGAAGUGGUUUAUCACCGGCGAUCAAGCUAUGAUAGAUGCAGAUGAUGUCCUCUACAUCAGUGGACGAUAUAAAGACAUCAUCAUUCGUGGAGGUGAGAACUUGGUCCCGUCGAAAAUAGAAUAUUGCCUUCGGGACCUUGGCAUAACCGCUCAAGCAAUUGGUCUCGUGGAUUCCAUAGCCGGUGAGGUUCCCGUCGCAGUCUUACAGUCUUGUUCGAGGGAAAUCACUAAGGCGCAUAUGACCAAAGCUAUAGUAGAAACUUUGGGUCAGGCAUAUGCACUCCAUUCUAUCAUAACAUUAGAUGACCUUCAUCUAAAAGCCUUUCCAAUGACUGCGACAGGAAAGAUUCGGAAGGUGGAAUUGAAAGACAUCGUCAAUAAGCAUUUCGCCACAAUCUCAGAAGUGAAAACAACAAACCCCAGCGAAAAAUUAAUUGCUCAAUUGCGGGGGAUCUGGGCAGAGCUUACGAACGCAACCCCAGAUCAAAUUUCGGUGGAAGACGAUGUAACAAAUUUUGCUGAUAGCAUUACAAGAUUGAGGUUUUGUAAGAUCUUGUGGACCAGACUUGGUCAAAGAUUGUACUUGCCAGAUUUAGAGAAAAACAAUACCAUUGAGCAGCAGACAAAGCUUCUUAUGGAACGGAGCUAUCAUGCAGACUCAUCUACUUUCCUUUCAGAUAACUUAAGCUAUAUUGAGGGCCAAAGCAAUCCGAAUGCAUCUCAUCAAUCCGGUCGGAAAGUACCACAUUCUCAGGGGGGAAGCAUGCGCCAGCAUCAUCAUACUUUGAUCGAGACAACUAACGCAGCUCUGCAAAAGUUCGGUCUAACAUGGGAGAAUGACAUAGAAGAUGGGUUCGCAAAAGGACAAAGACCACAAUCAUAUCGCCACAGAAUAGCGUUCGAAAUCAAGGAUAACAGUUCUAGCCAGGUCCGUGCAGCAUUAGAAAAGUCUCUUUUGACCAGACCGGUGUUGCGUACAAUUUUGGUCGAGGUUUCGGGUGCGCCAGCUGUUCACGCGGUCCUCCGUCCAUCUCAAGCUGCGUACGACAUGCUGAUCUCGCAGAGGAAUCUCGCUCACGAGUUAGAAAUUCAAGAAUAUCUAAUUGAUGAUUCCGACCAAAACUUUGACGAUCGAAUGUUCCAAGCUAUAAUUGCAGAUAUUGAAGGCGAAGAUACAUCAGCGUUGAUCUUGACUUUGAAUCACUCUGUCUUUGAUGCAUUGUUCGCAUAUGGAUGGUAUAGCGAUCUCGAUAUGUUCAUACAAAAUCCAAAAGCAACAGCGACCCCUGGCACGCCCUUUAGAUUUUUCGCUGAUAUGUAUCAACAAUACCAAGAUAGCUCACUCGCUCUCUCAGAUGUCAACUUUCAUGUUAGAAGGCUUCGAGGUAUUUCAAGAUUUACCGAGGCUCUAUGGCCACCCAAACGAGCUCCUGGUUGGAUGGUUGGGAAUGACAGGAGAUCGAAAGAUUUCAUCACUCGUAAUACCAAAAGAAGGAAGCUUAACAUAAAUCCGCAGCCAAGACCAAGACUUGCGCGAAUGCAGGAUUUCCCCGAUAUUGAGCGGCUUCGGACGCAGCACUUUAUCCAGGCACCAGUCAUCGUCAAAACUGCUAUCUCCAUUUUCAAUAUCAUACAAACGGGAAAGCCAUAUGCUAUCUUCAAGAACUUCGACGCAGGUCGUAAUUGGCCAUUCCUUCCAGAGUGGAUUGCAGAUCGCCUGCCUCCUGCCAUGAGCAUUGAUGGUCCCACUUUGACUUGGAACAUGAACAUGAUAGAGAUCAAGCCAAAAGAAACUUGUGGUGAACUUCUAAGAAGAAUGGGCGAAGAUGAUAAAGCACUGAGUUCGCACACUCAUGCACCAUGGUUCAAAAUCCUGCGUGGGCUAGGCGAAGACGAGGGGCCUAUUGCGAAAGAGGCUGCGAUGAGACAAGUAUUCAAUUGGGAUUUAAGCUUGAAGUAUCUUGAUUCUAGUGUUGGCGAUUAUUCGACUCUGAAACCUUUGGGAAGGAUGGACUGGCCUGACUGUGGCUUCUUCUGGAACUGUGGUAUGGUAAAUGCGGAACGCUUCUGCUGUGUGGUAUCCUGGGACGACACGCAAUUAGAUAGCACUGAAAUCAACGGCUAUGUGAGCAAAUUGCUUGAGAUCAUCGGGUGGAUCACAAACUCUAAGAACUGGAACAAUUCGGUGUCGAGCUUUCAAGGGUUUCCGAUGAUGACGUAAAAGAUGAUUAUUUUGGGAGGAAUAAACUGUGGGUAACAAAGGGACUGGCCGUCGGCCAAGGAGUUCAAUAUCUUGCUAUAAAUUUUACCCUAUCCAUGCGUAUUCUAAUAGUCGAUGCUGCAUAACUCCGGGAGAACGUGGUUGUCUGCAGCGAAUCCCUUGAAUUCCCAUUUCAUGCUUGCUAUACAGAGAAUUUGAAAGUAGUGGUACGAGAGUUCCAAGUUUAACUCGAACCUCUCCGAUGUACUCGCACUGUUUGAGAAUAAGCUCUAAAGCUCUAUCUUUCCUUCAUAUUCAAUCUUUUGGUGUCUUGAUCAACAAAGCAUCGUUGUUACAGACAAGAUGAAAUUCUCCACAAAGUCGGUACUUCUUGCCAUUUCGAUAGAUGUUCAAGUUUAAGGCUGGUGUGCCUGUUCUAUUCCAAGUCCACUUAAUCUGUCGAGAAACUUGUGGGAGGUGAAAUAUUCACACUCGCCAAUGUGCACGACAUAAGAAAUCAAGAUCUGGUGCGCUCAAGUCUGUGAUUGAUGGUCCCCCCGAUACAUUGUUACUUCAGAUAACCUUGUAGUUUCAUGUCCGGUGUAAUGAAAUAGGCAUUGAACGCGGAAAUGCAUCCUUUUCCAACAAACGCAGGAGUUUAAAGUCCGAUCGGGAUACUUUAAUGGGUAUAUCAUCACGGCACCUGGAGCCCACUCUCAGUGUCAUUUAACGAGGCUUGUGGAGAUUAUACUCCGCAAGGCGAGAUCAAAUCCUCAAAAGAGGAGCAAAGAAGAAGAAACGAACGGAAGUGUCUUAGUUGAAGGGUCGAUCAUGUCCAAAGAAGAAAUAGGUUAUCCUUAUAUGUCAUAAACUCUUGAAUAAGAACACAUGGGGCGUUUGAUGAGUAAUGGUUUUGGUAUGAGAAGCGAUGGAGAGUCAAGGUGUCUGUUUGCGUGUAUUCUAUAAUUUUGCAAUAAGAAAAAUGAAGAGACCAAGGAGAU